AAAGAACCUAAAGGAGGGCCCGGGAGGCGGGCUAAUGACGUAAUGUAGAUUGAUUGGCAUCGAAGCCGUCGACGUCGUGGAUUAGCCGGGAGUUUCGCCAAUCUAGAGAGAGGCAGGGGUGGGUCGGUGCAGGCGCAAAGGACCGGGUUUGGCUGGACUCGAUUUAAAGAGACAGAAGCUGUCGGGGCCCAAGAAGACGGUCCCCAAGACCCUCCCCCAACGUCCUUGGGACCACUUGGGUCCCCAAAGGUGGAGAGAUGGUUUGUGGCGGCUUUGCCUGUUCCAAGAAUGCGCUGUGUGCUCUCAACGUGGUCUACAUGCUGGUGGGCUUAUUGCUCAUUGGAGUAGCUGCCUGGGGUACAGGCUUGGGCUUGGUGUCCAGCAUCCGAAUCAUCGGAGGAGUCAUUGCCGUAGGAGUUUUCCUUCUCCUCAUCGCAGUGGUUGGACUGGUGGGUGCUGUCAACCACCACCAAGUACUGCUGUUCUUUUACAUGAUCAUCCUCGGUUUGGUCUUUAUUUUCCAGUUUGGCAUCUCUUGCUCAUGUCUGGCUAUUAACCAGAACACACAGACAGAUGUCAUCAAUGCUUCUUGGCGGGUUAUGAGCAACAAAACCCAGCAUGAACUGGAAAGAAGUUUUGAUUGUUGUGGCUUGUUCAACCUCACAACCCUGCAUCAACAAGAUUAUGCUUUCUGUGCUGCAAGCUGCAGAAAGUGGAAAACGUGCCAGUUGUGUGGAGAGAAAUUUCUGAAGCAUUCAGAUGAAGCCCUGAAAAUCCUGGGAGGUGUCGGACUCUUCUUUAGCUUUACAGAGAUCCUUGGUGUUUGGCUAGCAAUGAGAUUCCGGAACCAGAAGGAUCCUCGUGCCAACCCCAGUGCCUUUCUAUGAGACUUAAGAUCUCAGGACUUUUCUCCUACCCUGUCUUUCUCUCACCCUUAGGGAAAACCUACGGGUCUAUAGCCCUUUUCGUUUGAGAAAAAGUAAAGGCCGUUAGCUAUCGCCCCUAAAGAUGACUGAGUUAACAGGGAGCUAGGCAGUGUUGCACUUGGUUAAGCGCUCACAUUACAAUGUGCAAGGACCCAGGUUCAAGACCCUGGUCCCCACCUGCAGGAGGAAAGUUCCACAAGUGGUGAAGCAAGGCUGCAGGUAUCUAUCUUCCCCUCCCUUCUCAAUUUCUGUCUCCAUCCAAUAAUAAAUAAAACAUAAAGGUUUAAACCUUAAAAAUAUGAUUGAGUAACUAGGCUUUAUGCCUUGACAUGUUUUAGUAAUACCACAAGGAAAAAAGGAAAACUUACUCCCUCCCUUCCGCCCCCAAUGGAUAUGGCACAGUCCUGGGAUUGGAGAUGAGGUGAGGGGUCUGAGCCACUCACUCCUGGCUGUUUCCCUAUCUCUCCUUUUUGUAUCGUGGACCAUCUCAACACAUCUUGGUCUGGCUCCAAGUGUUUAUCAGAGGUGGCUCCAGGAAGAAGACUACAGAGAACUUGUAAUAAGCAGAACCCUAUUUGGACAAGUUCAGUGACUUAAAAUAAAAGCCAUUUUAACUCCA